CUUUCAGAUAUGGCAGGCGAUGAUACGGAAAUAGAUAUCAUUGAUGUGGACAGUUGUAGCGAUCUUGAUGACAAAGAUGUUAGACAAAAUGCAAGUCCUCCAAAUGGUCUAGAUUUGACGAAAGAAAAUUCUGAACAAAUUUCUGAUAGCUUAGUUUCUGCUCGAACUGAUGGUAUUCGUGGCAAAAGAUAUCUAGAUUAUAACCUUCAACCAAGUUCUGGAGCAGAGAGUGGAGAAUUGACUGAUUCUGAUGUAGAUGUAGAUAUUGUUGAUGUUGAUGUUGUUGAUGUUUGUAUUGUUGGUAUAACAGAGAACAAGGAAAACGAGAAAUCCAACAAAAUUAAGAAUAUCGUAAAUGAGGGUAAUCCUUGUGAUGACAACGAAGUAAAGAAAAGUGUAGUAGUAAAAGCAGAAGUUAUGGAUGAAGGUUACCCAUGUAUUGAAGAAAAUCGAUUUAGCUCAGCUAGCUCACAGAAACACUCAAACUUUGCUUUCCAGAGACCUGCAGAAAUCGUAGUUAGAGCUGAAGAAGAUUUAAAGGGCAUAAUAAGUCUUAUGAAGACUGAGCCAAUUGAUCAUAAAACAUAUGAUGGUGCCAGCAAACUCUUAUCAGACCAUAGACAAGUUAAGCCAGUUAUUGAUGACAGCUCCGAUGAUGACAAUUUUGUAAUAUCAGAUUCUGACAGUGGGGCUGAUUCAGACUACAAUAUUCCCAUGUCAGUUACAAGUGAAGUGAGAAAAAUGGAAGGCAUGAACAUCAAAGACCGUUAUUUUAUGGAAACUUAUCCUGAGGUUGAGAUCAUUGAUCUUACAUUAACAGAGUCUGAGCAAAUUAAUCCUCUCGGUAAAGUGCACAAGAUAGUUGAGGAUUUUGUUGUAGUAAACAGUUGUAAUUGUGAUAAAAUAUUAGAUCUCGACAGCAUGAUUUUUGAUGAGGGCAGAAAGUGUGUCGGCUAUGUUUUCGAGGUUUUAGGACCAGUGAAGGAGCCAUAUUACUCUAUUAGGUUUAACACAAAUUCGGACAUUGCAAACCUUGGCCUUCACAAUGAUCAAGAACUUUUCUACUCUCCAAAUGAGCGUUAUAGUCGUUAUGUGAUGGUUGAGUUGCUGAGGGAACUUGAGCAUAGUAGCAGAUACAAAAGAAAUUCUGACGGUGAUAGCAAGAACAGUGAUUGUUCAAGCUCUGAGUCUGAAAGUGAAGAAACUCCUGAGAACCCAUCAAGACCAAAAGUGGGAACAAAAAGAAAGCCAAAGAAACAGUUGCAGAAUCGCACAACACCCAAUUACAGUGUUAAUUACCAAUCUGUUAACAAGCAACCAAAGCAUCACUACAACAGUUUCACUGACCAGUGGAAACCGUCAACCACUCCACACCAUGUUUACAAUAAACCUAAUCCUACUCCACCGCAAGCUGCUGAAAGAACUUUCAUAAACCCAAGGCAAAGUGCGCCAAAUUCUAGCCAGUCAUUUACAGCAGACAAAAAGAACGGUUCUGAUGCAAUGAGCUAUGACUCUUUAUACAAUACAGUUAAAACUAAUCAAAACAGAAAUACUCCUAAUCAGACCCAAGUUAAUUCUUUUAAAUCAUCAAUCAUGGCUAGUUUUCUUGAUCCAUUUUCAUUAGAAAAAACUGACGAUUAAACUUUUUAAAGGAGGGAGAUUUGUUUUUAUUUUUAGAUUUCUUUUAAAUUAUAAUUCUCUAACUUAUUCCACAAUAUUUUAACCUUAUAUGAACUAAAACUUGAGUAGUUACUGAUGUAAUAGAUAUUGAUAAGUGCCUUAUAAUCCCGCCGAAUUUAAUUCCUGCUGAAAUUAGAUUCAUGACCACUGACCAGUAUGAAGUAUCAUUUUAAUACG